CCGCGACUCCAGCCGCGAAGGAGCCUUCGAAGACAAGCCAGCCCAGACGGCACCCUGGAACCUCCCGCGCUGAGGGUCUGAGGCGAGCCGAGGGUGGGAGGCGCCGACGCCGACUUGACAGCGCGUCCCAGCACCACGGGCUUGCUCGCUCGCUCUCAGGAAAAACUGAGGAAACAAGCUUGGUUCCCGGAGCCAGCGGGGACUGUGGAGACACAGCUAGGAUCCUCAACAGCUCGGAAAUCCUAUCACGUUGGUUCCCUGAGACUUGCAGUAGGAACUGACAGCUGGCUGACAAAAACUCAUCCAGGGAGAGAAAAGACAUAAAUGAAGUCUGAAAUUUUGAAUAACAUUUUCAGCUAAUUUCUCUACAUCUCUGCUUUUAUUAAGCCCAUUUAUAUGUGAAAAAUGCUAAAAGAAGGUUUCUUUUGGGAGCUCUUUUCAGAUGCUUUGCAUUCAAAAUAGACCUCUGUUGGGACCCAAGCUGUCAACUGAUCCUAAAUUCCUAAGGUCCCAAACUGCAGGUUUUGAUUCUGACUUUUGAAGAUGGAUGAAGGUGUAGAAAUUUCAAGUGAUGGAAAUUCCCUGAUCAAAGCAGUCCAUCAGAGCCGGCUUCGCCUCACAAGACUCUUGCUAGAAGGUGGUGCCUACAUUAAUGAGAGCAAUGACCGAGGGGAAACACCUUUAAUGAUCGCUUGUAAGACAAAACAUGUUGAUCACCAGAGCGUCAGUAAAGCCAAGAUGGUUAAAUACCUUUUAGAAAACAAUGCUGACCCCAACAUACAGGACAAAUCUGGGAAAACUGCUUUGAUGCAUGCUUGCUUAGAAAAAGCCGGUCCUGAAGUUGUUUCCUUGCUCCUAAACAGUGGGGCUGAUCUCAGCUUGCAAGAUCAUUCUAGUUACUCCGCCCUUGUUUAUGCUAUAAAUUCAGAGGAUAGAGAGACACUGAAAGUUCUACUUAGUGCUUGCAAGGCAAAAGGGAAAGAGGUCAUUAUUAUAACAACAGCAAAAUCACCCUCUGGUAGGCACACUACCAAACAGUACUUAAAUAUGCCUCCUGUAGAUAUAGAUGGGGGUCAUUCCCCAGCCUCCUGUGCCACUCCUUCUGAAAUAGACAUAAAAACAGCUUCGUUGCCACUUACACAGUCUUCUGAAACUGAAAUGACACUUAAUGGCUUAAAAGGUCUGGAACCCUUGGGAAGUAGUGAUGACACACAGGACCCGGGCUCCCCUGUGAGGAAGCCUGCUAUGGCCUCUAAUGGGCCCAAGCUACCCCAGGCUCCAACCUGGAUCAAGAGCCCUCCCUUAUUCAUGCACCAAAACCGAGUGGCCUCCUUGCAAGAGGAGCUUCAGGAUAUUACUCCAGAGGAAGAAUUAUCCUAUAAAACCAAUGCGCUGGCACUUUCCAAGCGAUUCAUCACUAGGCACCAAAGUAUUGAUGUAAAAGACACUGGACAUUUGCUGAGAGCCUUGGAUCAGGCCAGCUCAAGCAGGAUGUCAUAUGAUGAAAUAAAUUAUCAGUCAUUUUUUUCAGAAGGAAAUCAGCAAUGCAUUGAAAUCCCUGCUGACCCAGAUCCAGACUCUAACCAGAUGAUAUUUGCUUCCACCUUAAGAAGUAUAGUUCAAAAAAGAAACUCAGGAGCAAAUCACUACAGCUCUGAUUCCCAGCUCUCAGCUGGUCUUACUCCUGCAACCUUAGAAGAUGGCAAAGCACUUAUAGGAAAGAAAAAGAUCCUCUCACCAUCUCCUUCCCUGUUUUCAGGGCCCAAAGAAUUGUUGGAGAAUAUCUCACCAGGUCCCUUGAGCAGGAGAAAUCAUGCACUUUUAGAAAGGCGUGGUUCAGGAGCUUUCCCUUUAGAUCACAAUGUUACGCAAGCCAGACCAGGAUUUCUCCCACCCUUAAAUGUGAAUCCCCAUCCCCCCAUCUCAGACAUCAAUGUCAAUAAUAAGAUUUCCAGUCUCCUUUCUUGUGGCCAAAAAGUGCUUAUGCCAACAGUUCCUAUGUACCCCAAAGAAUUCAAAAGUAAAAAAAUGUUGUUGAGGAGACAAUCAUUGCAAACAGAACAAAUUAAGCAAUUAGUAAAUUUUUAAGAGAUGGCUAGAAAUCACAUUUUGUUCAAAUGUCUAUAUCAUAGAAAUACAGAACCAGAGAAGAAAUCUCAAAUGUUCAUCUUCUAAAAUCUUAUAAUUGGUUAGUCCAUAAUUGUUGGAGGUGUCAAAAUAUACUGUGUAUUCUACUAGGCAUUGUGAACACACAAAUAAUACGUAGUUCUGCUAAGGAAAUUCUCUCAAACAAAAUUAAAUCUAUACUUCUCAAAACCUCUAAUAUUUAACAACCUUCAUAUGGUCUAAGUUUUUAAUUUAAAAAAAAUCAGCAAAAGAAAGCCACAUAUGUUGAA